AGGGUGAACAUCAAGGAAGGGAAACAGCUGCCGGGGGGCUGCGUGGGGCCCUAUCUGGCUGAGAGAUUGCAAAGUCCUAGGUUGGAGGGUGUGUGUGUCUUAUGCAACAUCACUGCAACCAAAGACCGUGUAACGGUCAGUGAGGCCCUAAACCAUGCAGAAAGCUCAGGAACAGAAUAUUUUCAUCCACGGCACAGGUGAAGCUGAGCAGGCAGGACAGGUGUCCAGCAGAGCUCCUCCAAGCCCUGCCAUCCCUCCCAAGAGAGCCAAAGUCACAGCGGAGCAGGGACGCCCUGCGGCUCCGGUUUUUCUGCAGGAGCUGAAAGACACAGCUGUUAGCAUCGGCCAUGACUUCCUGCUGAAGGUGGUUGUGACCGGCAACCCCCAGCCACACCUGACCUGGUACAAGGAGAAGGUACCUCUUGCUUCCAUCAAGAAGAAGGUCAAAGAGGAAGAAGAAGAAGAGGACUAUGGCAGCCUCCAAAUCCUCAACAGCAAGGUGUCGGACGCUGGAGUCUACAACUGUGUGGCCAAGAACAAGCAUGGUGAAGCCGUCAGCACAGCCACCGUGACAGUCACCGAUAUGGAAGACUCGGAGCCGGGAGAAGAUGAUGCCAGCAGUACACAGGUGACCCAACGCAGCCAUCUCCAGGAUGAGACAACCUACAGCUCCCCUACAGGGGAGUCGGACACGCUGGUGGAUGCCUCCAUGAAGACAACGCCAACCUCGGCGCCCGGUCUUUCCCAUCCAGAUGAGCAGGCCAGCUGGUCAGAGAGCCAGACCACAGUAUUGGAAAAGGAUCCAGAGGCUGGGCCCCCAGCGAGAGGACCUUAUCUACACCCCAGCAUUCCAAGCAGCCUCCCCCAUGGUGGAUAUCGAAGGGAUGAUGCCAACAGCAACAGCAAAACCAGCACAGAUAUUCUCCAACGCCCAGUAACCCCCCGAGUAGGGCAAUGUCCAGUCCAGCCACCUGAAACCAGCCAUGGUACCACACCACCUGUGGUUCCUCGCAGAAAACUCUUGAUGCCCAAUGAGUUCCAAGACACGGCAUCUGAGGAAUUUGAUGAGAAGUUGAAGCACCCUAAAUCAUCUGGCUACUCUCAGGUUGGCACAGGAGAGUCACGGCCCCAGACACCACUGAGUGAGGCUUCCAGCCGUGUGUCCAUCCUUCGCCCAUCCCCCAAACUGCCAAGAUCAGGCUCCAAAAUUGUUGACAAGCUCAAAUUUUUUGAAGAGCGGAGGAAAAGCCUGGAACAGAAUGAUAAUCCUUUUGUAGGCCACACAUGGCAACCCUUACGCAAGUCACGUUCUUUUGACCAGGCUGGUUUUGAUGAUGCCAGUCCCUUCCUCUCAGCUGGCUCUCAUGAAGACCUUCAAGAGGAUAUUCGUUCAGAAUUUGGAGAUGUAUUUUCUCGGCGUCGUAUCUUCCAUCAGAAAGCAGCCUCUUUGGAUGAGCGUGGCCGCUUCUCCAGUCAUGUGCAUGACCUGGAACAAAGGUUCACUGAAGAAUUGGGGCGCAUCAAACGCACUGUCUCUCAACAGCAGCUGCGGCGAUCCCAAGAAUUGUUCAAGUCACCCACUGCAAUUGAGUCAUCUGUCCCCAGGGUUCCACCACCACGGAAACUUAAACCAAUGAAAGUUUUCUCAGCUACAGAAAAUGCACAUGGUGUACAGCAACUGGUUCUGUCCAGUGUGGGAUUAGUGGGACCCAGGGAUGAACCCAAAAAACCCCAAAAGUUUCUGUCAAGGAAUGCAGCCAUGACUGAGGAGAUGGGAGAACGGAAGAGAGGUCAAAAGGAACCGGAACUGAAUGGUCAAGAUCUGCGGCACAAGGUGGAGCAAUGUCUACUCUCCCAUGCUGUUCCAGGGGGGCAGAAAAACUUGCUGCUGGUAUCAGCUUUAAAUAGCCAGGAUGGCAUGGAUAAAGGCCCUCUGAACGCAGCAAAAGUCAGCUAUGAAUCAAAGGGUCUAAAUGAAGCCUCACAUGGCCGGAAAUGGGAAUUGGGGCAGGAUGGACAUUCUCUAUCCUGGACCAAGACAGAAACUGGCCCAGAUAGAAGCAAGGCAGGGAUCCAUGGUACAAGUAGAGAAUUCGACAGAAAGAUUGGGAAAGUGUUAGAAAAAAAGGACAAUACAUUGCAACCUCAAGAAGGGAAGAGUGCACGAAGCAGAGGCAAAGGCCGACGGUCCCGACAAAUGUCACCAGAACCAGAAUCUUCUGAUGAUUCCUACACCUCAGCGGGUGAAGAUCCCCUGGAGGCUCCCAUCUUUGAAAUCCCAAUCCAUGAUGCAGUCGUCAUAGCUGGGACUGAGGUGCUGUUCAAAUGCAUUGUCACAGGCAACCCUUCUCCACAAGUGUCUUGGCGAAAAGAUGGCAUCCCCUUUCGGAGCAGCACUGCUCGUCCCAUCAAAGCGGAAGGCGAACGCCACACUCUGCUGGUUAGGAGUGCCCGCAUGGUUGAUGCCGGCCUCUAUACUGUCUGUGCAAACAACGAGGUGGCUGAGACCUGCUGCAGCGCCAUCUUAACUGUGCGGCCAGCUCCCGCAGAGAUCCACAGUCGAUUGAUGCCCCGCCGUGAAGUCAGCAGCCCUGUCACCUCAGAUGAAGAGUACCUGAGCCCUUUGGAAGAGUUCCCUGAGUCGGUCACCCCUCAGCAUCAUCCUGUUAUGAGAGUGCAACCCUGCUCCGAGAUUGGCCCAACCGCAGCAGCACACACAGACAUUAACUUCAAGGCUGCACCAUGUUUUGAGAUAGCACUAAGUGACCAGACGGUACUGGAAGGACAAGAUGUGGUCCUGCGUAUUCGGGUGCAAGGAGAGCCCAAACCCAUUGUCCAUUGGUUGAAGAACAGGCAUCCAGUAAAAUAUGGACGGCGCAUUUCUGCUGUGGAAGAAGAGGACGGAUCAUUCUGCCUCUAUAUCCGCAUGGUGGAAUGCACAGAUGCUGGCUAUUAUGCCUGUAAGGCCAUAAAUGAAUAUGGCACCAGACAAUGUGAAGCCAAACUUGAUAUACAAGUGCACCCUGAGACACACUCCCUGGCAGUGUUGACCCCGCUGCAGGAUGUGGUGGUGGGGGCUGGGGAUGCAGCGAUCUUCGAAUGCCUGGUUUCUGGCCCACCGGAUGUGGAUGUGGACUGGCUGUGGCGGGGGCGCCUUCUGCAGCCUGCCCUGCUCCAGUGCAAGAUGCAUUUUGACGGGCGCAAGUGCAAGCUGCUGCUUACCUCUGUGCAUGAAGACGAUAGUGGUAUCUACACAUGCAAGUUAAGCACAACUAAAGAUGAGCUGACCUGCAGUGCCAAGCUAACAGUGUGGCCUUCAUGCCAUCCCCUUUUCACCCGCAAACUGGAAACUGUGGCUGUGGUGGAGGGACGAACAGCACGGCUUGACUGCAAGAUCAGUGGGGAUCCCCCACCAACCAUCGUUUGGACCCACUUUGGCCAGCCUGUGCAAGAGGGAGAAGCCGUGCGUAUACAGCAAGAUGGGGGACUCCACUCUCUGGUCAUCCUGCAUGUGAGAUCCGAGGAUGAGGGUCAGUACGGGGUGAGUGCCAGCAACAAGCACGGCCGAGCUGAGUGCACUGCAGAGCUGUAUGUGGAAGAGCCGCGGCCAGCAGCUAGCUCCCAGAUUUCCAAACUAGAGAAGAUGCCAUCGAUCCCUGAAGAACCAGAACAAGGGGAGAGUGAAGUUGAACGCUUCACCAUGCCGGACUUCUUGCGGCCACUGCAUGAUCUGGAUGUGGUGGAAUCCAAAGAAGCUGUGCUAGAAUGUCAAGUGGCUGGCCUUCCUUAUCCAACCAUUACCUGGUUCCACAAUGGGCGACGCAUCGAGAGCUCAGAGGACCGUCGAAUGACACAAUAUAAGGAUGUACACCGUUUAGUCUUCAACUCUGUCAGUCAUGCCCACGCUGGAGUGUAUAAAAGUGUUAUUGCCAACAAAGUGGGCAAAGCCACCUGCUAUGCACACCUCUAUGUCACGGAUGUGGUACCCACACCUCCUGAUGGUCCACCCACCAUAGCAGCUGUCACUGGCAGAGGUGUCGCACUGAAUUGGAACGCGCCAAAGUGGCUGGAUUCAGCUAUUGACCCUGCCUCUGUCACCUAUAUUCUCCAGCAGCAGAUCCUGGGGUCCAGUCACUGGACAGUUGUUACUACAGGCUUGCAACAAACCAGCCACACCAUUCUGGCUCUAAAGAAAAACAUUUACUAUAUGUUCCGUGUACUCACAGCUACGACUAAGGCUAACAGCAAGCCUUCUCCACCCACAGAACCGGUGCAGCUCCUUGAUCAUGGUCCGUACCUGGCAGAGGCCCCUAUAAUCCUGGACAAGCCAGAUAUGGUGUAUGCAGUAGAGGCACAGCCGGCUUCCAUCACUAUAACUCUCAACCAUGUUGAGGCUGCUGUCACUUGGAGAAGGGCUGGCAUGGUGCUCAAAGAUGGUGAUCCCAACUGUGAGAUGAGCAUGCCUGAUGAUGAUCAGCACACUUUGCGAUUCCUUCGGGUGGGAAAGGGGGAUGUGGGGGAAAUAACCUGCGAGGUGAGCAACCAGUAUGGAUAUGAUCAUGGCUUCAUCAGCAUGGAGCUGGCAGAGGCACCACGUUUUGAAUCAAUCAUGGAAGAUAUUGAAGUUGGAAUAGGUGAAACACCACAGUUUUCAGUGGUGGUAGAAGGCAAACCACUUCCAGAUAUUAUGUGGUAUAAGAAUCAGUUGCUGCUGACGGAAAGUAACCACCUGAGCUUCGUAUAUGAGGAAAGUGAAUGCUCUUUAGUUGUGCUGAAUACAACAGAGCAGGACAAUGGAGUCUACACAUGUACUGCACGCAACCUGGCUGGAGAAGUGUCUUGCAAGGCUGAACUUGUGGUUCGUGCAGCCAUACCAGAUUCAGAUGCUGCACGAGCAGAAGAAGAAUCACACACAGCCCGCCGCCUUGCUGACUAUUAUGAUGUCCACGAGGAGAUCAACAGGGGAGCCUUCUCGUAUGUGCGGCGAGUGACCCAGAAAAGCAGCGGCUUGGCUUUUGCUGCGAAGUUCAUCCCAUGCCGGGCCAAAGCCAAAAAAUCAGCCCGUCGUGAGCUUGGCAUUUUAGCUCAGUUGGACCAUGAACGGAUUGUGUACUUCCAUGAUGCCUUUGAGAAGAGGAACGCCCUCAUCAUAGUUACAGAGCUCUGCACUGGAGCAGAACUGCUUGAGCACAUUGCGUGGAAGCCCUCUGUGAGCGAAUCUGAAAUCCGCUGCUACAUGAGGCAGGUCCUGGAGGGAAUUGGUUACCUCCACCGCAAUGGCAUCUUGCAUCUUGACAUUAAGCCUGAAAACCUACUGCUGGCUGAACCAGGCAGUGAUCAGGUGAGAAUCUGUGACUUUGGCAAUGCCCAAGAACUGAUUCCAGAUGAACUGCAAUACUGCAAAUAUGGCACCCCUGAAUUUGUUGGUCCUGAGAUUGUCAGCCAGAGCCCUGUGUCCAUGGUCACCGAUGUCUGGCCUGUGGGAGUCAUGACCUAUCUUUGUCUCACAGGGAUCUCCCCGUUUGUGGGUGAAAAUGACAAGACCACCCUCAUGAAUAUCCGCAACUACAACGUGGCUUUUGAGGAGAGCAUGUUCACAGGACUGACCAGGGAGGCCAAAGGCUUUGUCAUCAAAGUGCUGGUUAACGAUCGCCUGAGGCCUAAUGCAGAGCAGACCUUGGAACAUCCUUGGUUCAAGACACUGGCCAAGGGCAAGAGUAUCAGCACGGAUCAUCUCAAACUGUUCAUAUCUCGCAGGAAGUGGCAGCGCUCCCAGAUUAGCUACAAGUGUAACAUGGUGCCACGACCUAUCCCUGAGCUUCUAGAGGACACAUCCACGCACUUAUCUAUUGCCGUGCCACGUCUCCUAAAGGAAACAUCAGUCCUCUCCUCUUCUUCGGAUUCUGAUGACCCUGAAGAGCUGCCCUAUAUUCCCAAGCCCCACCAGCCUGAAUUUUCCGGUUCCCGCAUGUCCCUGACUGAGAUUCCCACAGAGGAGGAGUCCGUGGGUCCGGAUGGGGCUCUGACGGAGGAGGAUACAUCCAUGGAUUGGCAGGAUGAAGAGCAGAGAGGAACCAAGAGAAAGGAAGAUGUAGAGUCAUCCAUGAGGAAGCAUAAGAGCAAGUUGCCCCAGAAACAUUCCACGGAGGCCGAAGCCCUGAGAUCUUUUGAAGAGGAGACUAAUGACGUCCAAAAAAGGCCAGAGAAAAGGAGAGCACUGAAGAAAGGCUCCAGCCUGGAGUCUCCAGACGCUUCUGACAAAGCCUCACAGAAGGGGGGGUUGCGCCGAGGCAGUUCUGCAGACAGUGCCCUUUUGCUCAACCUUCCCUCAGAGGAAGCUGAGUCCCCCUCCCGUCCAAUCUUAACCAAAGCGUCCUCUAUGGAGCUGCCCCGCCGCAGCCCCAGCCCUGGCACAUUGUAUCAUAGGAAAGGUGGCCUCCCUGAGGAAGAAUAUGCUCAGCGCCUGGAGCUCAUGCGCCAGCGCUUACUGCGAGGCAGUCCUGUGGAUGGCAAACUGAGUGGCUUGCGGGGACCCCUGUUGGAGACCCUUGGCCUUGAGAAGAAGGUCCCGAGGCCUCCCCGGUUAGAAAAACAGCUGUCUCCAGGGCAUAAGAUGGUGCGUGCAGCCUCGAGUGAGACAGCCCCACAGCAUUUGCCCCCUGAGGGGCGUCUCCUCCAAAAAAGUAGCUCCUUCAGCCAGGGUGAUGGGGAGCCUGUCAUCCUGCACCGGCGCUCCGGGGCACCAUUGGAAAUCCCCUUGGCACAGGCGGAGACUCAGAAAUUAAAAGAGACACCAUCCCUCUCAGCACUGAAUGAGUCCCGGCCUCACAUACCACACGAAGCUCUCUCCAAAGUACCCAGCCUUGAGAUGGAGGUAGGAACUAAGUCCCUCACUAGGUCUAGCCUGAGGAGACCUAUCCCCAGGCAAUCUGAGGAGAAGCCCUCAGCCCUCAGAUUUGCCAAACCUGAUACUCCAGUGGCUGGGAAAGCUGUGAGUUCCAAUCGGGAAUCAAUACCAUCCCGGCAAAUCUCACCCAUUCCCGGCAGCUCUGCUCCAAAACGUUCUGCUUACGCUGAUGUCAUGAAGUCCUUGGCUGGUGAAUCUUCCCAAAGCCCUCAGAGGGAGACCGCUGAACCUUCCAUUGCUGCUCCUGAAGGCGCGCCUCAGCAAUCCCCCACAGAAGUGCCACCCUCUGCUGUGGUCUCCAGCAAAGAGAAAGCUCUUCCCUCCUCAGCGGAGAAUAUUGCAGACAUAGACUCUGAAGAAGUCUUUGAAGCCAAAUUUAAAAGAGGCAGGGAAGGCUCCUUCAGCAGAGGCUACAAGCUAAUCUCCAGAUCUGAGGAGCGGCACCUGGCCAAACCCCUGGUGCAGGAAGAAGGCAUUUAUCGACCAGGACCAGUGGGGGCUCCGCUAGAAUUUGCCAAGCCUACGGCCCCCAAGCAGCUAGGAGCACGCUCUCGUUCAGUACAGGACCUGCAUGAAGUGGAGAAGGAAGGAGGCUUCAUUCGCAGAAUGUCGAUGCGCUUGCGUCGCACUCCCCCUGCUGAGAGAAAGAAGGUCAAGGAGGAGGACACAGGGGGUAUGGGCCAGGGGCGCAGACCUUCUUGGGGCUUGGCUUUCAAGGACAAAAAGGACCCAGAGGGCCAGCAAUCUGAGCCUGGCUCCAGUGAAUCCCCUGUCAUGGCCGUACGCCGGAAGAUUGGAAGUAAAGUAGGCCGCCUCUCCACACAUCUACGUAGCCACUCACAACAACAGGCUGAUGACAACCAGCCUGUUGCUACGGGUGACCAUGUCCGGCCGCUUGAGAAGAGAGCUCCUUUUCUCUCUCAGAUACGCCGUGCAACCUCUGAGGGUGAAAACCUGCGCCAGGUGGGCAUCCCACAGAACCAGCUGGCAGCCCAGUCUGCUAAGGUCCCCUCUACAGAAUCGUUCCAGUCUGAGUCAUCUACAGGCAAUGUUUCCAGUGACGGCCAACGCCGCAGCUCUCGUUGGGAACGCUGGAGUUUAUCCCGUGCCAAGAAGGACAAGGUGGCCUCUCAGCCCAACCUCCCUGCCAGCCUGAGAGGGGAAGGUGUUGUUAUUGUCAGUCAACCUUACACGCUCAGUGAAUCCGAUUUCCCUCCUGUCUUCCACAUAAAAUUAAAGGACCAGGUAUUGUUGGAGGGAGAGGCAGUGCAACUUUGCUGCCUCCCUGCCGCCAGCCCUGCCCCUUGCAUUCUGUGGAUGAAAGAUAAACGUGCCCUGGUUUCAGAGGGAGUUCUUAAUAUUGUGGCAUGUAAAGAUGGCCGUCAGCUACUUACCAUUUCCAAAGUCUCCAAGAAGGACGCAGGCCUGUAUGAAUGUAAUGCUACAAAUGCCUUGGGCACUGCAACUAGUUCCUGCACCAUUGCUGUGGCACGUCUUCCUGGGAGACCAGGUACUCCAGAAAUUCCUCAAAAGUACAGGAACACAGUCCUGGUGCUGUGGAGGCCAGCAGACACCCAGGCGCCCUGCACAUACACACUGGAACGCAAGAUAGAUGGAGAACAUGAUUGGAAAACAAUUAGCUCAGGCAUUGCUGACUGCUACUUCAAUGCAGCAGAUCUUCCUGUGGGAAACACCAUCAAGUUCCGUGUUGCCUGUGCCAACAAGGCUGGACAAGGCCCGUACAGCAACCCUUCAGGGAAAGUAUUCAUUGAGAGUGGAGAACCCACAGCUGCCCAUUCAGGUCUUCCUGCCAAGAAGAAUAGAACAGCUUCAACCAGAUCUACCCAGACACUUCCUGAUCAAACUCCUCAGCCAAUGAUGAAAAGCACAAGUCCUCUGUCGACCCCUGAGCCAGUUUUAGGACAGGUUCCUCCUGGGCCACAAGAGGUUCAAGCCAGUGAGGAGACACCUGUGGCUUCAGAGAAAGAAAAGCUCCCAAUUACAGCUCUCCUUCCAUCUUCCCAGGAUUCCUCCACUUUGGAAGGUCCAUCCAUGACAAAGGCUCCUUUCCCAGAAUCAACAUUAAAGCCUUGCAGGACAGCAUCUUCCCUCACCACCCAUAAUGUCUCAACUACCACCAAGGGUUUGCUUGCUCCGACAUCAUCCGCUGAUUCUUCUGUCUCCAAGUUCUCCCCAGCCCAGCCUGCACUUCCAACUUCCACAGUGGACUCCUCAGGGACCAUCUCUCCUAAAACCGUGCCAUAUGUUGCCACCUCUUUUGUCUCCAUCCCAUCAAGAUCACCUACCACAACAGAUGAUGUCCCCAGCCCUUCAGUCACCCCCACCACAGAAGAAAUGCCUUCCUACACACGUUUUCUAAGACGGAGCAUUUCCUCCAGUAAGGAUACUAAUAGUGGAGCCCGGGGCAGUCUUACUUCAAAAGAUGAAUCCGCAUUGCGCCAAGGAGUCCCUCAAAAACCAUACACCUUCUUGGAUGAGAAAGCGAGAGGCCGUUUUGGAGUGAUUCGGGAAUGUAAGGAGAAUGCCACAGGCAGGCGUUUUAUGGCCAAAAUUGUACCUUAUGAGGCAGAAGGCAAGCAAAAUGUUCUGCAGGAGUAUGAGAUCCUUAAGGGUCUUCACCAUGAAUGCAUCAUGACCCUCCAUGAAGCCUACAUUACUCCUCGCUACCUGGUCCUGAUAGCAGAACAUUGCACUGGGAAGGAGAUACUCUUCCACCUUGUUGACAGGUUCCGAUACUCAGAGGAUGAUGUGGUGGGGUAUAUAACACAGAUCCUUCAAGCUCUAGAAUAUCUUCAUGGACGACAUAUCAUUCACCUUGACCUGAAGCCUGAGAACAUCAUUGUUUCUGCUACAAACUUAAUAAAAAUUAUUGACUUUGGAAGUGCCCAGACGUACAAUCCAAUGGUUCUGCGAAAGCUAGGGCGCCGUGUUGGCACUCUCGAAUACAUGGCUCCAGAAAUGGUGAAGGGGGAUCCUAUUGGCUCAGCAGCUGACAUCUGGGGCGUUGGAGUCCUCACGUAUAUUAUGCUCAGUGGUCGCUCACCGUUCUUUGAAGCAGAUACUUUGGAGAUAGAGAGCAGGAUCCUCGCAGGGCGUUACGAUGCCUUCAAGCUCUACCCUAACGUCUCCCAGAGUGCUGCACUUUUCAUCCGCAAGGUCCUCUCUGCUCAUCCAUGGAGCCGUCCAACUCUCAAGGAUUGCUUUGCCAAUCCAUGGCUCCAGGAUGCCUAUCUCAUGAAGUUGCGGCGUCAGACCCUCACUUUCACCACGAGUCGCCUGAAAGAGUUCUUGGUGGAGCACCAGCGUCGGCGCAAUGAAGUGGCUACCAAGCACAAGGUCUUAUUGCGCUCCUACCAUGGCGCUAGCAGCCACGUGCCCUAGCUACCUGCCCUGCCGGAGGAGCCACAAAACAUUCCAGCAGGGGGGGCGUAACGGGCCAAGUACCGGUCCUCCUGGCCAGGGUGGGACUGGUUGAUAUACCUCACGGAUGAAAAAAGAGUCAUCGGCGCUGGCUGCUGAUCUUCCCCUUCUCCCACAAUCCUCACAGCGGGGCAAGCCAGUUUUAGAAGGGAUGAAACAGUGCCGGGUGACAAGACCUGAGACUCUGGGGUUGGGUUCACAAAGAGGUGUCGUGCUCUGGGAAAUCUGAGAAGGGCUUUGAAGAGGCAAACGCCGGGACCUCUCCUCGUCAGAAGGAAGUUCCUUGGAAGAUUCAGAUGGGCCUAAGAAAUGGCUUCUGUUCCCUGGCGCAUAGCCCUGAGGAGUGGCCCAGUGUUUUGUUUUACAGAGUAACCAGAACUGGGAAAAAGAAAAAGAUGGAUCAGCCCUGCUAGAUUAGGUUUGUGUGUGAAGGCACAACAGGAAGGGAAAACUGUGCCCGCCACCUGUGUAACUGAUGCACAAUGCUGUCGUGGAAUAGUUUGUUGCCAUCGUGAUGGGUGUUUCGAUUUCCCAAGGCAGGAAAUGGGGAAGGAGGGGCAUGCAGUAAGUCUACACCUGUUAGAUAGAGAAACUUUAAUUGGUGUUUCUGCAUGGAGCAGGGUUGGAUUCAAGGGCUUCGGUGGCCUCUUCCAACUUUAUGGUCUUAGGAUUUUACAACAACCCAACUGUAAGCUGGCUGGGAAUUCUGGGAGUUGAAAUCCAUACAUCUUAAAGUUGCCAAAGUUGAGAAAUGCUGGUGUUAGGCACCCAUUAGAAGAUCUUUCAUCUUCCAACUUUCACAAUCUUGCCAUAAUCUCCUUGCAUUUUGCACAUGCUUUUCUGAAAGAAUAAUCCUUCCCCCCCCCCACCCCUUCAGAACUUGUUCAGGAGACAAUUUGCCUUCCUGCCCACUUUCAUGAAUCAAGUAUAUACUUUCGACACAACGUGCGCCUCCUCAAAAUAUUUACAUUUACACAAGACUCUUUCCUUAAUGCUCUUUUGCCAAAGUACAUCCAGGGCCCUGCAGAACACCUGGUCAAAACAGGCAGAGAGCUUCCACUUUUAUGCAGCUUUUUCUUUCGCAGCUGGCUUUCUCAGGAUGUGCAAAAGUGUGUGUCAGUUUUAUUGCGGAGGAAGGAAAUGGAGUGGCCUCUGUGCUCAUCCCAGCCCUUUACUUGUUAGCCUUGCUGUGGUGAUUGGUGGCUGACUGUAUCCCUGUGGUGGUAGAAACUCACUAAUGAAGCCACUUACAUAGCCAGGAGAAUAUUUCUACCUGUCUCCCUUCCCAAGAGGGAACGAAGAUGCAGGCCACUCAUUUUCUACCCUGCCCAGCCUGUAUAGUAUCCAUAGCAAUCAACCUUUCAGGUCCUGCUGAAAAGGAUGGAAGCCAUUCUGAACACUAGAAUCUACAGGUUCUACAACCUCUGGUGUAUUGGGAUAGAGAAGAGUUAACAAACCUAGAUUUGGUAGGGUAGUGGAAAUCAGAUGUGGACAGUUGAGUAGAAGAGAAUUUGAACCCAGGCAUCAUACUGCAUAAAUGCAACUAUCCUGUCUUGCCUUGGGUAUGUAAAUCCAUGCCUCUGAUUUCCCCUAAGUUCAUUUCUCACCCUGUCCAAUGUAUUUUAAAUGUGGAGUCGAUGCACAUUUUCCCUCUUUGCACAGGAACAGUAAAACAACAAGCCUCUUCUAGAUGGAUGGUUUAUCACAAAUCGAUCACUGUUCCUCUGCUGCAACUAUAAAUGGAACCACACAUGACUUUCCACGUUAUUAGGGAUAUUGCAGUCUUCCUGUAAACUCAUCUCACUAUUUUCUAUGUCUAUCCAAAGCUACAGCAUAAAUGCUGUAGAGGGAAAGAAAAAAAA